GAACACGACUUGGUAGUAGGCACAAGUCGCUGGACAACAAAUGGAAAAAAUAACCGACGACGGGGAUAAAGUGUUGCUCGACAGCGGUUCGCGGUCAGUUCGUGUUCGGUUCACCUUCGUUAUGCCUCGUUAAGGGUUUGCCGAUUUCCCUCUUCGAACUUAUUUCAUAUAAUCGUGAACCGUGUUCGUCGAUUUCAAUAUAAAUUGUCGUUAGACGAGUUUCGUGCACCUAACUUUAUAGGGUUCUAUCCUUUCUCGUGAUUUACAGAAAGCAACAAGUGUACUUUAUUCGUUUCUUCUUUCGAUCGUUUUGCGUUAAAGCGUUUCCGGAAAUGGCAUCAGAAGCACCGUCUAUAUCAGAGUGGUUUCACGGCCGAAAUGUUUUCAUCACCGGCGGCACGGGAUUCAUGGGAAAGAUUCUGAUUUAUAAAUUGUUGAUUAGUUGCCAUAACCUUGGGAACAUUUUCGUAUUGAUGAGGAAGAAGAGGGAUCUUGAUCCAAAUAGCAGAUUGCAGCAAAUGAUACAGGAAGAACCAUUUAAAAUCAUCAAGGAGAAGUACCCCGAGAGAUUAAAAAAAAUUAUACCAAUACCCGGUGAUUCUACCGUCGAGGAUCUUGCUUUAUCGACCGCGGAUAAGGAGAGACUAUUGAAAGAGGUUUCAGUAGUUUUCAAUGCGGCAGCAAAUGUUAAGUUCGACCUGACGUUAAAGCAGGCGGUAAAUGCAAACACCGUGGGAGCUAUGAACGUAUUAAACCUUGUAAAGCAGAUGCCACAUUUGGAUGCGUUUAUCCACCUUUCCACCGCGUAUUCCCAUUCGAUGUACCCGGUGCUCGAAGAAAAAUGUUACCCGUGUACGAUUAAGCCGGAAAUCAUGAUAGAAAAUGUGAAGAACAUGACAGACGAGGUUCUCGAAGCGAUGAAACCGAAAUUAUUACAAGAUUUACCAAAUACAUACACGCUAAGUAAAGCUCUUAGCGAAGAGCUGGUACGAAGAUCCGGUCUACCUGCAGGCAUAGCUAGACCUUCUAUAGUGACCCCAUCGUGGAAAGAACCAGCAGCCGGUUGGGUGGACAACAUAAACGGACCAACGGGUUUACUGAUAGGUGCUGGUAAGGGAGUACUUCGUACCAUGCUAGGCAAUAAGGAAUAUCGCUUAAACUUGAUACCAUGUGAUAUGGCGAUUAACGCGGUAAUCGCAUUCGCGUGGAAAAUUGGAAGAGAGAAACCAAAGGAACCCCUAUUCAUGAACGUCACCAAUGCAUCUGAGAAUCCACUGACCUGGGAUUAUAGUGUGAAUACUGGGAAAAAGUAUGCGAUAUCUUAUCCAUUCUCAGGAAUUCUUUGGUAUCCUGGUGGAUCGAUGACUACUUCGAAAUUCUAUCAUAUUUUGCGAAUGAUCCUCUUUCAAUAUAUACCUGCGUAUGUAAUUGACGCCCUAGUUGUUCUAAGUGGGAAUAAACCCUUCAUGGUGAACAUACAGGAUAAAGUUACCAAUGGUAUUCAGAUACUUAAAUACUACACCAACAAGGAAUGGGAGUUUCGACAAGACCGUAUGAAAGCACUGCAAUUCGAAUUGAACCCUUCUGACAGAGAAGAGUUUUUCAUGGAUACUACAGCGAUCUCAUGGGACGUUUAUAUGCUACAAUACGUUCUAGGCGCUAGGAAAUAUUGUCUGAAAGACGAUCCAUCGACUCUGCCUCGCGCACGCAGAGUAAUGAGAUUGAUGUAUUUUGCUGAUUGGAUCGUUAAGAUCGGUUUCACGAUCUUGGUACUUUGGUUUUUAUUCCUGGAUAAGUUCGUACAAGAAAACAAUAACGACAGCGUUCGAAAUAAACGAAAUUUAGGCACAGGCAUUAUUUAAAUAAUUUCUCUUAUUAUUUUUUUACUUAUCUUUUACUUCAAAUUAAAUUUGCCCGAGUCUGGUUUGAAGUAACAUUGACUUUACCUCGACGAGGUAAUAUAUUUUUCAUUAAUAUUUCCACUUAACUGUCUUAGCAGCAAAAGGGUUAACAAUCACAAAAACGCUGAUUGUUUAUUAGAAUUAAUAACGUGUAUCGAAUUUGUUUGAAAAUUAAAUAAAUGAAUUAAUAAAUCAUUAAUCUCCUAAUUAAAA